AUGGGCAGAGAUAUCAGCAGGGCAGAUCUCAGUAGAGCGGAUCUCAGACUCCACAACAUUUACUACAAACCAAAUGUCCACCAGGCCAAUCAUGCAGACACACAAAAAGCUUCCCGAAAUUUGCCGGACCACGUGGAUGCAGUACGUGAGGGACUUUUGUUUAUGGAAGAGAUGCUACCGGAUGACUGCAAAAAGGUACUUGAGAAAGAGCAGGUUGCGUAUGGUGAUGUGUACAUCGGUCCACGCUGGUGUCUUUGCCCCCCUGAAAAGGCUUUCGUUCAUGUCAAACAUCACGAGCGCAUACAAGGCCAGUCAAAGUCGUUCGAAACCCUCAAAGAUUGCGAAAACAUUGCAGAGAGUGCACGAAAGAUAGCGGGCGACUCGGCAGAGGAAUGGAUGACGUUUUGGAAGAGUAAAAUAUUCAUACCAUUCAGUGAUGAGGCACUUCAGCAAUCAGGAUUCAGCUCCGCAUUAGAUGACUGGUUGGUCUCUGAAAAUUUGUCAUGGAGUAAUUUUGACAACUUCGUGAAAUCAAGUCUUUGGGCGCCCAAACGUGGACAGCCUAGGCCGGAUUUGACGUACGGGUUUCCAAUCCAGACUUCAACAACAAGCAGCAUGAAAGGAUUUGCGCGAGACGAGCUUGCUCAAUCAUUCUCACUUCAAUCUUUGAUGAAACUUGUAGAGCAGAGUAUAGCGUGUGCGCCAACAACUAAGCUCAAGAAAGAAGCAAUACUUUCUAGUGGGAAGAGAUGGAAGAACUCCUCCCGACUGUGCUUUCCUUGGGCCAUCGUGGAAGUCGAGAAAGAUGUUCCAGAUACCGAUGACGUUGCUGAAGAAAGGUGUUUUCGCCGAGCAGCCAAUGCCGCCUCUGCUGCUCUCGAUCUCCAGGCACAAUUAUUCAACAAGGCCUCAGAUAGCUGCUCUUUACAGUCGCCUCCUGUUAUUGCCUUCACAUGUGUCGGUCCUGUUGUGAAGGUUUGGCUUGCAUACCAGGAUAAGUCAAAAGAAUUUGCAAUCCCAAUACAGCGUAUGGUCUGUAUUUGGUCAACAUCAAUAGAAUUGACGUGGGGAGUUGCAUCAUUGCGUGCUAUCAUCAGAAAUAUGCACACAUGGUCCUCACGCCUUUUGAAGCCAAGACUGCAGAUGGCCAUCUCUCAAGUCGCUAAGAAUGUUCACAAAAGUGGACACAUCGAUGCACAGAGUUCUGCAGACCUCGACGUACCCACGCCUAAUACCAAGAAAUUGGAUAUCAAGUCCGGAAGUACCCGGGAGAGUCCCCAAGUUAUUCUCCAACCCCCUUUGCCUGGCCUAUCUGGGUCAGACACCACCAAUGGAGCGGAUGUCCCAAAGGCACCUUCGUCCAAAACUCAUAACGGGAACGCAAAAUCGCCUAGUCUAAGACCCAGAACCCAGGAAAAUACAAGCAGCCUUUUUAACAGUAAACCCAAGGAUGAAACUCAGAAAUUAGGACAGGUUGUACGAAGAUCAGAGAUCAAGAAGAAUCCCAAAGGUGGCGAGAUAUUUGGAUUACCAUGGCCGACGAAAUAUCACUUCAGCAGCGACAGCAGCAGCAUAACUUCGAUCUCAUUGCCGAAACCCGCGACUGAGUCUCCAUUCGAUUCAGCACUUCAUUCACAGCCCAAAGCAUUGUUUCUUGGAUUCGAUCCCACCAACAGUAGUAAAGACCGAUCUUCAAAGAAACCCAAACCACCAAAAAAGGUUGCUUCAAAUAAGACUACACCAAAGGAUGUCGACAACAAGACUUUUUUGCCGGCAGUCGAAGGCACGGAUGUUUACGAUCUUGUGACUACAUUUGAGUCGACAAAACUUGAAGUCAUCGACGAGGACCCCAUUCCGGCUCCGAGUGUGACACACUCAAGACCCGUAAAAAGACAACGAUGA